AUGGCCGAGCAAAAUCGCAAUUACGGGACCAUCGUCGUGGAGACCCGAGAGCAACAACACACGCAGCCUGCGCCACGAACAAGUUCAACCGGACGUCGCAUCUGCAUCUGCCUCCUCAUCGUCUGCUUCCUUAUCAUCCUCGUAUUUGCCUACAUACUAUAUGUCCUCGUGCCAAACAUCUUCACUUGUUUUUACGACCUGAAUCCCCUCUGUGAGCGAUGGGCAAUAGUCAUAGGGCCAAGAUCGCCCGUUCAUCACAACACCACCGGGGAUUCUUACGCCGUUGGCUUCAGCCUCGCAGCAGGCUACGGAACUGCGGCGAUCAGCUUUCGAAAUGGCACGAGCAUAACGAUCGGCCGAUACGAUGGAGACGAUGCGUACAGGAAGUUCAUGGCGAAAGCGACCUCCAGUGAUGCUGUGCAUCCGACUCCGCCGUACUAUUGCAAUGGAGCCUAUGCCGAUUCGACGCGGCAAUGGGCACGGCUGUGGCGAAAGAAAUUGGGCAAGCCCGCGUCAGAAGAGAUAGGCGCACUCGCAAGAGUUCUUAUCGGACUCAAAGGUCCCGUCAACAAAGCACUGGGUGACCUGGGUCCUCUCAAGUACGCCACGAUUGCGACACCAUACUUACCGGCAUUGUUCAAUGAAGACCUCGAUGACAUCGCAGAGUACGCUGGCUUCCAGUUGAUCACGCCAUUCAAACUGUCCGGGGAUAGUGAACAUAAAGCAAUCACGGACAUCAACUUCUCGUUUUGCGGCAUGCGGCUCGGGAAUUGUCAAAGCUUCACCAACCAGACGGUAAACCAGGAGCUAGAUGUGUCUCCUGAGAGCGACGACGAGAUACUCAGCGUCUCCUAUAGCAUAGAUAUGCUGACUGCUCAUGUGUCGCCUCUUGGUGGCUUUGCCAAUUACUUCUACGCCGCCUCCGGCAUAGCGGAUCCGUGGCUGGGAAGAGGAGCACUGGAAAUGUACUCAUCACCACACGAGUACUGGACCGCAGUCGGAUAUGCACUCGUCAAUGCAACGGACUCAUAUUCAUGGCGAGCAGCGAGACUUAGCCGUGUAGUUGUCCACAGCGAGUCUGCAACAGAUCCCGACUUUCAACGUGUUCUACGGGAGAACGUCACCAAAUAUCAGAUCUCGAAGAGCAUGCCGCCCGUCUCUAUGGAUAGUCCUCUAUAUGCAGCAGCACUUGACGCGGCAGAGCUCGGAAAGCGGUGUAUGCUGCAGGACGAUGGCUCGUCGUACUACACAGGUUGUGUGCCAGAUCUUCAUCCGAAGAUGCAAGGCUGGUAG